GACCAACCACUGCGACCGGAUUUCCCAAACUCACACCCUCAAACUCACACUCAGACACAAAUCGACUGCAGCAACAGCAUCACAUCGCAUCAGUCGCGCCUAGGUGACAUCGAAGCGAACCACAAACCACGGCUCUGUCGCACACUCGAGCUGAAUUCUCUCAAUUGAGGCCCCAUCAUCAAUAAGAUGAUUCCUACCCUGGCUGCUCGAUCUGCGUUUCGCGCCAGCGCGCGCGCUCAAGCUGUCAAGUACAGCUUCCAACCUCAUGUCGGACGAUUCGCACCCGAGAAUGUCAUCAAGUGGGUGCCUUCGCUCGCGCUAUGGGGCGCUGGUGCUGGUGCAGCCGUGACACUCUUCUUGUCAGGCGUGCCCCUCUUCCAAACAGACGUGCUUAAAAAGCUGCCCGUGCUCAAGGAGUAUUACGAGGACAAGACACCAGACAGCGAUAAGCCAUUCUAGAUCCUUGGGCGCCAACAAAGUGCACUUGCCUCACAUUUUGUCAUCAUCAUCAAUCGAUCGAUCUCGUCAGCCUCACAUUCGUAAUGCGUGACCAGGAUGGCGCGUAGCUCACGUUGGUGUCAGACGGUCUCUGACGUAAAGUUCUCGCGGUGAAGGAAAU